UCUGUCUCUCAUUUUUUCUUAUCCCCACCAACUCCAAAUUCCGCCGAACCCCUCGCCACCGCGGUCCGGUCCUCCGCCCUCUCUCCCUACCGCCUCAAUCUCCGCCUCGCCCUGCUCUGUCUCGUUAACCCUACAUUAGCGAAGCCUUUCCUCGUGUUAUUUUUUUUCUCCUCUUCCUCGGGUUUCUCUUUGACGACUCCUUCCUCCGUCGCCGGCGGAGGCAGCGGCGGAUCGCCGCCGACACCGGCGCCUGCUUCCGGAAACCGCCGAGAGCUCGGCGUGCUCGGGAUCGGCGAGCCAAAUUCUUAACAAGGCGACACAGAGGAGAAGGAGAGGGGAGGGAGGGAGUGAGCCUGGGGUAAAAUAAUAUUCGAAUGCGGCGGUGGUGAGACGGAGCUCUCGUUUUGCUUGCAUUGGAGGGGAAAGGGUGGAGGUUGGGGAAAGUUAGGGGCAUCCAUGGGUGGGGGUUGGACGCUCGCGCACGGCACGGAUUCCGAGGGGAUCCCUUCGCGGAAUUCUCUUCCUUCUUCGAUGGCCACCUCCUCCUCCUCCUUCUUGCCUUAUGGCGUAAUCCAUUCCUUCGCGGGUUGCUUCUUUUAAAUUACGGCCCGCUCCAGCUCAUCUUGUGCCUUCUCCGCAGGCUGUCGGUGAACGGGAGGGGGAAAGGACGUCGAUCCGCGGAGGAGAGUUUCCUUUGACUGAGGGUAGCUAGCGUCAUUGGAAGUUAGUUGCUGGAGUAAAGUUUAGUCUUUGUUCGGGUGCUGCAAGAUGCCGACCAGAAUAAUGGAUCAGAGUCGCCUGUCCCCAUUCGUCCGGAAUUCGGAGGCCUCUUCCUUCUUCUCCGAGGAGCUACGCUUUCCUACGGAGAGGCAAGUUGGAUUUUGGAAACCUGAGUCAGUGCCUGAUCACGAUGGAGUGCAGGAAUUGACGUUGGUGUCAAGAAAUCAGUCAGUUUCUUCUUCUCCACUUAAUAAGUUUCAUAUGCCGGGAGCAGACUCUGCGGAAGGUCCGGGACAGUGGGAGUCCCACAUGGUCAAGGAGCAGAAAGAUAAGUUUAAUCUUGAACAUCAGCUGGAGCCAGAGACGAUAACUGGCAUGUCAACAACUUUGUGGAAGGCCGAUGACCAUGAUUCUACUUUCCGAUCUGAUCUGUUAAGUCAAUCUGCUUCUUCAAUUAUGGAAUCAAAAGAUCAAAGUGGAUGCCUUUAUGAGAAUGGUCUUUUCUCAAGCUCUUUAUCAGAUAUAUUUGCAAAAAAAUUGAGAUUGUCAUCAAGUAACGUUGCUUUCUGUACGUCUGUCGAUGAAAAUCACUUUAACUUAGGGGAAGAUGAGCCUUUUGAAUCAAUGGAGGAAAUUGAAGCUCAGACAAUUGGAAAUCUUCUCCCUGAUGAUGAUGACUUGCUAUCUGGUGUUAUUGAUGAUCUUGGAUUUGUUGCUCGACCAAAUAGUGGAGAUGAAAUUGAUGAUGACAUAUUCUACAGUGGGGGAGGUAUGGAACUGGAGCCUGAUGAUGAUACUAAUGUGAGCAAAGGUCUAGAAUUUGUUGGUGGAGGAGCAUCUAAUGGUCAGCAAGUGGGACCGAAUGGCACAAUUGCCGGUGAACACCCUUUUGGUGAACAUCCUUCAAGAACGCUUUUUGUUAGAAACAUUAAUAGCAAUGUUGAGGAUGCUGAGUUAAGGGUCCUUUUUGAGCAAUAUGGUGACAUAAGGACAAUUUAUACUGCCUGCAAACAUCGAGGUUUUGUUAUGAUAUCUUACUAUGACAUAAGAGCGGCACGAAAUGCAAUGAAAGCACUUCAAAACAAGCCAUUGAGGCGUCGGAAGCUGGAUAUCCACUUUUCAAUUCCAAAGGACAAUCCAUCAGAGAAAGACAUAAACCAGGGGACACUUGUGGUAUUCAACCUUGAUUUGUCUGUUUCAAAUGAUGAUCUUCGUCAGAUUUUUGGCCCUUAUGGUGAAAUCAAAGAGAUACGUGAGACUCCUCAUAGGCGCCAUCAUAAAUUUAUUGAGUUCUAUGAUGUUAGAGCUGCCGAAGCUGCUCUUCGUGCUUUAAACAGGAGCGAUAUUGCAGGCAAGAAAAUUAAGCUUGAGCCUAGCCGUCCUGGAGGUGCAAGACGCAGCUUGAUGCAGCAGUUUUCUCCUGAGUUGGAGCUGGAAGAAUCAAAUGGAUGGAAGCACAGCCCCAGUCACUCUCCAUCUGGAUGUUUUGGAUCUGCCUCUCUUGGAGCAAUUACACCCAAUGGCCUUGAAAAUGGAGGAAUCCAGAGCAUACAUGCAGCUGUCUGUACAACAAAUAACCCAUUUAUGGAGACCCCACACCAUGGAAUCUCUUCCAGUGUGCCUCAGAAUUUAUCAUCUGCUGUGAGAGUUGCAUCGGUAGGAAGUCACAGUAAUCAAGCUGCCCAUGCUGAUCUUAGCCAUUCUCUAAACCAGAUGAAUUUUGGAUUCCAAGGCAUGCCUAGUUUCCAUCCUCAAUCACUUCCAGAUUUUCAAAAUGGAGUCACGAGUGGCCUUCCUUACAAAUCAUCAAACCCAGUAUCAGCUAUGGGUACCAAAAUCAACUCCAGACCUGCUGAAGGAACAGAUAACAGGCAUCUUCACAAAGUAGGCUCUGGUAGCUUUAACAGCCAUUAUUUUGACAACAGCGAAGGUUCUAUUGGUGUUCCUGGAAAUGGAAGCUGCCCUCUUCAUGGACAUUCAUAUAUAUGGAAUAAUUCAAAUUCAUUCCACCAGGAGCCUCCUAGCCACAUGUUGUGGUCAAGUUUGUCGUCAUUCAUGAACAAUAUUCCUGCUCAUGCUCCAUCUCAGAUGAAUGGACUUUCAAGAGCACCAUCUCAUAUGCUGAAUACAGUUCUACCUCUACACCAUGUUGGUUCAGCACCUCAAGUCAAUCCAUCACUUUGGGACAGGCGACAUGGCUAUGCUGGUGAUUUUACAGAUCCACAUGCUUUUCAUCCAGGAUCUGUUGGAAGCAUGAGCUUUUCCGACAGCCCUCAGUUGCACCCACUAGAACUUGCUUCUCGUGGCAUCUUCCCUCGUGCUAGUGGAAACUGUAUAGGCCCUUCUGUUUCUCCUGCACAUGUUGGGAUUCCUUCACCUCAGCAAAGGUGCCAGAUAUUCAAUGGUAGGAACCCUAUUAUUACCAUGCCUGGUGCACUCGAUGGUCCUAAUGAUCGGAUGAAGAGCCGAAGAAAUGAUGCAAAUUCUGGUCAGGCUGAUAACAAAAAGCUGUAUGAACUUGAUAUUGAACGCAUUAUACGUGGGGAAGACUCUCGUACAACACUUAUGAUUAAAAACAUCCCUAACAAGUACACGUCAAAGAUGCUGCUGGCUGCAAUUGAUGAAAAUCAUCGAGGAACUUAUGAUUUCAUCUAUUUGCCCAUUGAUUUUAAGAACAAGUGUAAUGUCGGCUACGCAUUUAUAAACAUGACCAAACCUCAGCAUAUCAUUCCAUUCUAUCAGUCAUUUAAUGGCAAGAAAUGGGAGAAAUUUAACAGUGAAAAAGUUGCUUCGCUUGCAUAUGCUAGAAUCCAGGGGAAAGCUGCUCUUAUCGCACAUUUCCAGAAUUCUAGUCUGAUGAAUGAAGAUAAACGCUGCCGUCCUAUCCUUUUCCAUUCAGAUGGACCGAAUGCAGGGGAUCAGGAGCCCUUUCCUAUGGGGGUUAACAUCAGGUCCAGGUCUGGCAGAUCAAGGAUUGUGAGUGGCAGCGAAGAGAACCACCAAGGAAGUCCAUCCACUUCUGCAAAUGUAGAAGCUUCUCGCGAUGCAGCUGGCUCUCCUCCAGGUUCUAUAAAGGACUUGGAGUGACCCAUACUACUUAUCCUGGUGCACUAACUAUGAGGAGCAGACACAUAACACAACCUCAUCUUCUGCUCCCCUUCCUUACUUUUCUUCAUACUGCUGAUAAAUAGAGAGUCUGCAACCAUUACUUUGAUUUCCAGCCCCUAGUUUUGCGUCUGUGUCACUGAGUGAGGGUGCUUCUUAGUUUUCCUGGAUCAUGUAAGCAGUAACUGAAGUCGCAAAGGUCAACUGCGCAGGGAGAACUUUAAGAUUUUGGAUGGCCGCGAGAGGAGCAAACAAUGUACAGAAGCUCCAGAGUGACAGGAUAACAUGACUUUGUGCGAUGCGGUUCGAGAAGGUCUUCUCUGCGUUUCAUCUCCUGGCCUUUUUUCUUCCUCUGGUUUUCUUGUGCUUGUCCGCGUUUGGAGACACCCUCUUUUGGUUUGGGUUCUGUUCUGUUAUUUUUGAAGCUGGGCUGGUCGAAUGAUUCACGGGAGCUCUGCCUGUCAUGAUAUCGAGUCUGUAUGCCUGCUAUAAACAACCGUGUGGCAUGAAUUUUGAAGUGAUCUGAUCUUUGUUGUCUAUUACAAUUGCUUCUGAGACUCCGUUUUCUU